UCUUGUGAUGCUAUGACGUCAGAGAAUCAUAGGACUUGUCGCCUUGUUUUAUUUCGACUAUACAUAUACUGAUGUCACACUGUCUCAUUUCUAUAUAUAUAUUGAUGUCACACUGUCUUCGUUCUCUAUAGAUUAAUGUGAUACUGUCUACCAUAACCCAUUGCUGUCUCCUGGUCUCUUACAAACACAGGCUUCCUGUGGCCCCGGCCUUGGGUCAUUCUAUUUUCUUAUCUACUCAACAGAACAGCUGCAAGUCAGCAAUCUAUAGUAAUAUCCUAGGGAAGUUUCGACAUCAGAUACACUCAACAUUGCUUCUCUCAUCAUCGGACACAUUGACUGACACUUUUUCAUUACUGGCAGACACUCACGUCCAUUCAUCUCUCUGGGACCAACUUCUCUGAAGACAUUCAACAUGUCUGUCCCGUCAGCACCCAACCAACCCGCUGGGUUUAUACCAACAUAUACAGGACCACCACCUAGCUAUCAAGAGUCAGAACAUUUUAAAAGUAACACUGGUUACACUGGAAACUAUGGUUCUAUGAACCAACAACCAAUGCCUACCUAUUAUCCCCCACAUCAACACACAACUGUUACAGUUCAGCCUCCUCCACAAGUAGUUGUAGUCGGAGGUUGUCCAGCUUGCAGGGUUGGCAUUCUUGAAGAUGAUUUCACAUGUCUCGGAGUGCUGUGUGCUCUGUUAUUUUUCCCAGUAGGAAUUCUUUGCUGUUUAGCCAUGCGACAACGGAGAUGUCCCAAUUGUGGUGCCAUCUUUGGUUAACUUAAUAUCAUGGUUACUUUUUACAAUGGACUAAACUGUUUUGAAUUUGAAGCUGACUCAUAUUUGUAAAAAUUAACAUUGUUUCUGAAUGUGUGUGUGUAUGGAUAUAUGCACACACAUCCAGAUACAUGCGCACAACUUAAAUAUAUAUAUAAAUAUUAGUAUAUAUAUAUGUAUAUAUAUAUAUAUAAUAUAAUAUACAUGUGAAUAUGUGAUUUACACGUGUGUGGAUACAUGACAUACAUGUGUGUGGAUACAUGACAUACACGUGUGUGGAUACACGACAUACACGUGUGUGGAUACACGACAUACACGUGUGUGGAUACACGACAUACACGUGUGUGGAUACACGACAUACACGUGUGUGGAUACACGACAUACACGUGUGUGGAUACACGACAUACACGUGUGUGGAUACACGACAUACACGUGUGUGGAUACAUGAUGUGUGUAUGAUAUGUAUUGUAUAUUAUGUGUGUGUAUCGUGUAUAUAUGUAUGUGUGUAAUGUGUGUCUAUGAUAUAUGUAUGUGUGUGUCUAUGAUAUAUGUAUGUGUGUG